CACGAGAGAGCGACCUUCUGGACGCCAAAGUGGCUGACCACGCAGGCCCUGUCUGCUGCUGGCUCCACGGACAGUCUGGUGGCCAUGAUGGUCGGCGCCAAGGACGAGGUCGGCGUGUCUGUCGCCUUGAGCGUCUUCUCAGAGGUGUUGCAGCGAGGGAUUGAGUCGGGGGACUCGGGUGCCCGCGACCUGCUGCUCAGCAAGUACUACGACAUCGUGACGACCUGUCUGACCUACCUGGCGUCGCAGAGGGACUCGCACGGCCACCCUUUCAUCUUCAGGCUCAUCUUUAUCGAAUCCAUCUUCUCCAUACGCUUCCCGACGCCGCCUGCUCCGAGCACGUGGGAGCCUCUGCUGCCAUGCCUGUGUGAGGCGCUGCUGCGCGACGGUGCCCUCUGGUCUGGCAGGCUCCACUACAUCAGGCGCCUCAAUGAGAUCAUCGCCGAAAUCAUCAGCUCCGCACCAAAGACAAGUAAGAAAUGGAUGGAUGGAUGGAUGGAUGAAUGGGUUGAUAACACGGAGAGCUGGCAUCCACCAGACCAGAUGUGUGUCUGUGAUGACCUCAUCCAUCAGGUGCCUCUGAGAUUCUGUCUCGGCUUUUGCCCUCGCAUCUCGACAGCAGCAUGGCCGUCCUGGACAGCGGCGGCUCCACAGAUAGCCUCAAUGCGAUGGCCUCAAUGCGCUGGCGGGCAUCCAUCGCGAUCUCUCUGAUAUUCUGCUUCGCCUCUCUGCAUCUGGGUCGGCAUACCAUACCCACACGCUUCUAUGAUAUAGUAUGAUAUAGUGCCUGGACCUGUCUGUCUGUCUGUCUGUCUGUCUGUCCGUCCGCAGAGCGUGUAGAUGAUGAUGCUGAUCUGGCCGAUCUGGCCGAGUUCGACCGGUUGUGUGAGCCGCUGCUGGAGGCCCCUCGAGCGCUCAGGAUCGUCGCAGACCACGUCAUGAGAGGACUCAAGGAGCCAGAGCCACUUGUGCAGACGGUCUCGGGAGACCGAUCUGCCAGUCGGCGCGCUGUGGACGACUGUCGAGCCCUUUCUGGCGUGUCCGUCUUUAUCCCACGGGCACUCAUCUGUGAGCAGAGACAGGCUCUCUAAUUAGUCGGCAUACAUGCAUCUGUUGUGCGUGUGCGUGCAGGUGUUGGUCACACUGCUGCAGUGAUUCAGGCGGGCUUCCCCGAUGUCAUCAUGGCACUCACACAGCACUGCCAGCACAGCAACGGGUUAUUUGACGACGCCGUCGACUUCGCCCCACACGUGCUCGGUGUCAUGUAUGCAUUCACAGACGCAAACGACAAGGUGGGGGGGGGCGCUAACGGAGGGAGGUCUCAUGAUACUCUCGGAUACGUGUGUGUGUGUUUGUAUCGAUGUGUGCAGAUGAUGAUCGACAUGGGUGCGGUAGAGGUCGUGUGCGAUUUGUUGCUCAAGCGCCACGCAGAGAAGAUUCCAGCACAUGCCACGACCACCGAUUCGCCAGCGCCACUAGGUGUGGUCGGACGGUGUUGGCAAAUCCUGGGCAAGGUGGUCAUGUAAGCAUCCAGACCCGAUAUGAGAUGCCCACACACAUAACGGUCACAUGUGAUGUGUUUGUUGCAUGUGUUUAUCUCGAUGCUUCCAUCCAGCUAUGGCGAGUCCCGCGUGCGUCCCAAUGCGCCGCACAACAAGGUCUCUCAAAAGAUCCUGCAGGUGACUGACUGAUGAGCAACCUAGGUCAUGCCUCCUCAGCUUGGCAAGCUGUUACGGUUUCUUUUGUCCGUUUCCAGAAUGCAUCCGUCCAGAAGUUGCGUGAGCUUCACCGCUCCACCGGUGGCCUCGACGUCCAAGACACCAGCAGGCGCUCCAAGGCCAAGAAGGGCAGGAUCAAGGGGCACUCAAACGCGAAGCCAUCCCAGUAGGCCAACUAAGCGAUGGACGGAUCUGUUUCUCUCGGGUGGCUGGCAUGGAUGCCGUGGAUGGCAUGCAGGCCAUGCAGCCCGCCAGACCCCACCUCUUGCCCGCCGUCAUCCUCCUCCUCAUCCCCGUCAGAUCAGAAGGCCGACGGCGCAGCAGGGAAGGACGCUGCUCGUGGGGCGACACCUCUCGCCGGCGUCCUGGCGUUCUUGGACCAGAUCGAAGAGAAGGAGAACGAUCGUGCUGCGGCCGUGUUAGCUGACCUCAUGGCGACCGACGAGAGGGCGGAGAAGGACAAGACGGCGGGGAAGGGCGGGGGGAAGGCUGGAAAGGGCAAAGGGCCACCGAGUGUGGCCGAGUCUGCGCGCUCCUAUGGCGUGUAAGUGGGCAACGACACGGCAAGCCCCCGCCACUGAUUGGUGUGUGUACCGUUUGCUUGUAUCUGUCAGGUGUGUUGAUGGUCGUGAUGCCUCUGACAGAGUGGCUGCCGCCGGACCCCAGGCAGGGUGUGUGGGCGGGAGGGAACACUGCACGGCUGCCAGCACACAUGCACUGUGUGUGGGUCUAUCUGGGACAGAUCUGCUGGUGCUGGUGCUGUCCCAGGGGAGAGGGACCCUCAGCCCAGCGGCAGGAGGAGGAAGAAUCGGAAGAAGAAGCUCAACAAGGGCAGGGGCGAAUCGCAGUAAGUGAUGGAAGGAGAGAGGGAGGGGGAAGGGGCUGCAUUACGGUGGACUGUGUCAUCCAUUUUGGCUCCCAAAGGUGUGUUGAGUCGGUGGCCGAAGAGGGCGUGGAGCAUGACGGUGGUGGCGACGUAGAGGACGCUGGUGCUGACGGCGAUGACAUAGACACACGGCAGGAGAGGUCAGCACACACAACACAACACGACACAACACAGCAAACCUGUCACCCCUCACUGAUACGUACUGCAUCCUCUCUUGAUUUACAGGCCAAUGUCCGAGUCUGCGGACACGACGCGGCCUUCUUCUCGCUCGUCCGCUGCCGAGCCUCUCUGGCCUGCCGCCAAGCCUUUGCAGGGCGUCGGAAGCGGCACGGCUGGGCAGGCCGGCAGUGGCCCGGGGGCGGGGUUGCGAGAGGGCCAUGGUCUCGCUGCCCUUUCGCCUUCGGUCAGUGGCGCGGUGGCCGCAUCGUUCGGAGCUGGGCCGGCACUCACACGGGCGACCGACAAGCAACAUCCACCACAGCAAGAUGGAGAGGACAGGUCCGUUGCGUGCCCCAGACAGGCAUCUGCACCGUGGCAGACGUGUCAUUUGUGUGUUGGGUGUGCAGUGAGGAUGAGGACGAGCAUGAGGUGCAGACCCAGAUGGCCAUCGCUGCAUCGCUGGACGACGCCACCACCGCUGCCAUGGUGCGCCCGCCAUCCAUGCCGCCUUCUUCGUCGAUGAUGUCUGGCGGCUACGCCAGUGGCGCACCCGCAGCAGCAGCAGCGGCGGCGGCGUCGCUCGGGCCUCUGAAGGAUGCAGUGUGCAGGGCUAUAGAGGAGCAGCAGAGGUCAGCAAAGGAUCUUAUGAUGGAGGGAUGGGCGGACGAUUGGCUGCGUCAUGUGUGUGUCCAUGUCAUUCAUCUGCAGCAUGGAGCGUGCUUAUGGCGAGGCGCUUGAGCGGCACUCGACCAUCAUGGUGCGGACCAACAAGCUCAGCGCGGCCAUGAGGGCACUCACAGAAGCCACGCAAGAGCAACCAGACACGUACAAAGAUGGAAAUGAAGCGCUCUGAAUCAUCUUAAAUCGAUUCCUGUGGUGCGUCAGGUUGACUCGCGAUGCGCUGAUGGCCCUGACGACGGCAGCGGAGGUGUGUGAGUUCGGCGAGAGGGUCACGCGCGAAGACGAGCGGCUCGACCAACUCUACCGUCGUGCAUGCGAUUCCUCCCGCACCAGCAGUAGCGACACACGUGCCGGCAACGGCAGCGGGUCCCUGUUUGGCCGUCUGCCGUCCCCGUCUGCAGCAUUUGAUGUAGCGCGCAACAAUGAUCGCAUUCCAAGGUGAGUAACGACACCAUACACACACACACACAGAAGUGAUUGAUCGGCACUCACUCAGGUCCUCGCGUCAUGACGAGAUAGCUGACGAGGUCGAUUCGAUGUCAUCGGAGGGGCAGCUGCGCGAGAUGCUGCAGAGCACCAAGGCCAAGCUGCGACAGUGAGCACACGCACGUAGAAACGAGCGAGGGAGUAUGUUCAUACUGCCCCUUGGCUCUCCUGUAGGCUGGAGGUGGACAUCUCGACGGUGACGGAGGCGACUGCGGCAGCCGAGGCGACCACCAUACCAACACUCCAGCAACAACACGACCGCCUGCUGCAGAUAGCCCGCACAUGGUAGACACACGCGCACACGAGUUUAGCCGCCAAUGCACCGCACCCUUGUUCGUUCUGUUGUUGUGUUGCGUGUAUGCAGCUUGACGGAGUACCGGCUGUCAUCCCUCCAGUCACCUGAAGAUGUGGAGGCCUUCAAGCGCGACAUCACCAAGGCCAGGGAGGCACUGCGGGCACUCAACAAGGAGGCCAGCAAGAUAGAGGGUCGGCUGGAGGAACGCGAAGCAGCGGCCGCCUCUGCUGCUGCGGCACCGCCUCCCCCUCCCCGUCCCAUCUGCGGCAUCUGCAACGACAGCCCGCCCACAGUGCUAUUUUAUCCCUGUGGUCACCUGUGCCUGUGUGCCGAUUGUUGGCAGCAGUGGAAGGGCAGACACGAGAGGGCCAAGGCAGAGAAGGCGCGGCUGGAGGGGGCGGGCCAGCCGGUGCCUGAGGAGGUGCGUCGGUAUGCGGUGCUGAGAUGCCCUUCCUGCCGGAGCGAGCCCGAGAAGACGAUCCUAGCGCACGUGCAGACGGAGGAUUGAGUAGAUCAGACAGGCAGAGGGGAAGGGCGGGCGGUGUUGUACAGGUGGUGGACGGUGGAUGGUGGGGGAUGCCUGAUGACCGACUCACCAUCAGCAGCCAGCCAGCCAGCGUAGCUUUCAUUACAUUCCAUUGCAUUUCAUGGUCAUACAAGACACAUUUCACGUAAAUGUCGUUGGAUGGCCU